CAUGAAAUUGUCCAAAUGUUGUUGGGCUCAUCUGAAGGCCACACCAAGUUUGGAGGUCUUUAGCUAUUGGCUCUGCAGACAGUUGGUGACUUCUGCGCACUGUGCACUUCAGCAUGCACUGACCCCGCUCUGUCAUGUGACGUGGCCUACACUUGGUGGCUGAGUUGCUGGUGUUCCCAGUUGCUUCCACUUUGUUAUAAUCCCACUAACAGAUGAGUCUGGAAUAUUUAGUAGCCAGGAAAUGUCACGGAUGGACUUAUUGCCCAGGUGACCACCUAUCACGGGACCACGCUUGGAGUCACUGAGCUCCUGAGAGCGACCCAUUCUUUCACCAAUGUUUGUAGAAGCAGUCUGCAU